AUGUCUACUAUCAAUGAGUCUUUAGGUUCCCUCAAAGCGCUAGGAUCUCCUACAGAUAAAUGGGAUCACAUCUUGGUGUACAUGAUUGUACAACGACUAGACCCAGAGACACACGAAGCAUGGGAGAUUCGUUACGGAGUCUCAACAGAACCCUCCACCCUAGAAGAUCUUCAGACCUUCAUCGAAGGUCGUAUUCGAGCCCUGGAAAGUAUUGAGUCACGAGCAACACCACCAAGCGAUGUAACGGAAGAAAUUCCUCAAAUUAAAGAAUCAGUCAAGUCUCCUGAUGAUCAAGUAUGUGAGGAACAUUAUCAAUCAACCUUUUCUAGAGAACCUUCCGGUCGCUAUCAAGUCCGACUUCCCCUGAAGGAAACAGUCAAUCAGCUUGGAGAAUCUCAAUCGACUCUGCAUAGUGGCACCCGUUGUACACUUGCAACCGUUCGUCAGAAGUUCUGGGUUGUUGGAGGUAGACCUAUCGUCAAACGAGAACUGUUAAAGUGUGUUACUUGUGCUCGUUAUCGCUCUCAAAGAGCUCAACAAUUAAUGGGGCAGCUUCCUCCUACAAGAACAUCACCAUCACGUCCCUUUUUGCACUCUGGUGUAGAUUACGCAGGCCCUUUUGUAGUCAAAACAUGGCAUGGAAAGAGAGCAAAAACCUACAAAGGUUAUAUUGCGGUGUUCAUCUGCUCGGCGACCUCAGCUAUUCAUCUAGAGUUGGUUUCCAACUACUCAGCAGAAGCCUUCAUAGCGGCUUACAAACGAUUCACCAGCCGUCGAGGCAUCUGUGCUACUUUAACGAGUGACUGCGGGACAACAUUUGUAGGAGCUGACAAAGAACUGAAAAGAUUGUUUUCCUCGUCUUCAGCAGAAUCAGGUCAACUCAAAUCCCUGCUUGCUAAUGAUGGAACUGAAUGGAAAUUCAACCCUCCUGCUGCUCCACAUUUUGGAGGUCAUUGGGAAGCUGGUGUUAAAUCAGUUAAAUACCAUCUCAAAAGAGUUAUGAAGACCCACCUACUAACUUACGAAGAAUUUUCGACAGUGCUGGUACAAAUAGAAGCUGUACUCAAUUCUCGCCCUCUCUGCCAGCUUACAGAAGAUCCAGACGAUCUAGCAAUCCUAACCCCUGCGCACUUUUUAGUUGGCGAAUCUUUAACUACUAUCCCAGAACCUAAUCAAGAAAACCAACCCACAUCAAGACUUACUCGGUGGAAAUUAACUCGCCAAAUGUUGGAAUCAUUUUGGAAGAAGUGGUCUCGGGAGUACCUUCAACAACUUCAAGCAAUAUACAAAUGGAGAUUUCCUUCCUGUUCAAUAAAACUCGGAUCAGUUGUUCUUGUUGUUGAUGAGCAAUUACCACCAUCAAAGUGGCCGCUAGCAAGAGUGACUGAACUUCAUCCAGGUCGUGAUGGACUUACCCGAGUAGCCACUCUGAGAACAUCAAGUACCUCAUUGAAAAGACCAAUAGUCAAGCUUUGUCCUCUUCCAAUUGAAGUCAGUGAUUAA